AGUUUAUUUAUAGCUUUAUUAUGGCAAUUUAUUAUUUAAAAUGGAAUUAGAUGAUUAAUAAAUCGAAGUAUGAAUUUCUGACAUUCAAUAAGUAAGGAUUUUGAAUGGUAUAUAUGUAGUAUAGCUAAAAAUAUCGUGGUGGGUUUUUUUCCUACUACAACGAGCGCAUUCCGUCUGUGAAUCAGUUUGAGUCAGAUGAUCUGACAAAACUGCAGACUGAGAUUCUGGAUUUCUAACUGCCAUAUUCUUCAGGAACUGCAUGACUGAAACGAUUGUAAUGUAACUUGGUGGAAUGGUCCUUCACUCCUUUAUGUCAAGAAAAAGAAAUAUACAGUAACCUCCCAGGCCUGAGACACGUUCUUGGAAAAUGUCUAGAUCGUGAAUGAUGAUGGAAAUUUCUGGCACAAACAUUUUCCAUAACUGCACCUUUGUGUUGGAGUUUGAUAAUUUGACGAAAUUGAAGGAAAAGCAGUGCUGGAGGAGAAAAGUGACAGAUCAUGGGGGAACUGUGUCCUAUGUUUUUACCCGCAAGACUAACUAUGUGGUGUUAUUUGGGGAUAUGUUGGAGAAAACAUCAUACAAACAGAGACAGGCAGUUCGAUAUAAUGUGCCUGUUCUGCGAUGUGAAUUCAUUUCAGACAGCAUAGAAAAGCAACACCUUUUGCAGACAGCAAGUUAUGAAGUGGGAGAACCGAUUACUGGGAAGAAUUUCAGAAAAGGACGAAUAUCAAAACAGCAGAAGGCAAGAACAUAUCUAAAUGUCAAACGACACAAGACUGUGAAUUUAAAUGCCAUAAAAUCCUGGUGCCUGGAUGACCCCGAGGCCCCUUAUCCCAAUGAUGACAAUUACAAAGUGGCAAAGUGGGCUCUUCUGAAGUCUUCAAAACUGGUUCGUGUUAUUGAGGUUCAUGCACUAACAUCUUGUGACAAGUUCCGGCUUUAUCAUCAGGAAGGCCAGAUUGAAGGGGAGCACAUUGUGGGGACUGAGGCACCAGUAGUAUGGUACGUAGACACUGCUGAUGAAGUGCUUGUCUGCUAUGAACAAUUAUACAAGAGAUACACUUCAGCCAUAGUGAAUAUGGAACCAUGGCACACUCCAAAUUUCAUCUCCAACCAAAUAGGGUCACACAAACUGAAGCUGAUAUUGGAUGAUAUUUGUUCGAUGUACAAUGACCUUGACCAAGAUGUGGGAGAGUUUGUUGAGAUGAUCUGGAAUGAGGCAACACAAGAAGCUGAGAAAAUGUUGACUGUUUCAAUGCAGCAUACAAAAGUGGAUAAGGUGGAUGAUGCCAUGGCCAUUCUGAAACAGAUAAAACAAAUAGUAAAGAAGAACAAAUCAGAUGAUGGUUUGGCCGAAUUAGUGGAGGAGUUCUAUCAGGAGGCUCUUCCUCAUAAACAACAGUACAUAACAAAGGAUAUGACUCCAAAGGUGAUUUCAGAGAAACUAGAUCUCUGUCAGCUCAUCUAUGAUGUACUGGCUGUAAGUGAAGCCACAGACUUUUCUCCCAAUGCCAGCACAGUUGCCAAGUACAGGGCACUAAGAUGUCGGAUGAAAAACCUGAAUGAACCAGCUGCUAAAUUUCAACUCAUUCGAAGCAUUUUCAAUGAUAGGGAACACAGGAUCAUGAUCCACAAUGUUUUUGAAGUUGGUCGAACUGUAGAAGACAUUAUGUACCAGGGUACUGCUGAAUCAAUAGGGAAUUCUCAUCUUUUGAUGCAUGCCUCAGGGCCACAAAAUCUGCUUGGCAUUCUAUCAAGGGGAAUGCUGUUACCUCAGGAUGUGGUAGAGGAACAUGGAGUCACCAGAAUAGAUGGUGGAAAACUGGGAUGCGGCAUCUAUUUCUCCAACUCGUUUGAUACAUGCCUUCAGUAUGCUGUGCCCAGUGCUGUUACAGGAAUGAGGAUGCUAAUCAUCUGUGAAGUGGCCUUGGGAAAUUGUUGUGACUAUACAACAGUACAGCCUGAGCUUAAAGCGCCACCUAGUGGUUACCACAGCUGUCAUGGUGUGAAAAUGACAGAGGACAAUAAAACAGAUUUCCCAGAUGAUGAGUUUGUGAUAUACAACACAUCACAACAACGAGUUCGAUAUAUUGUUAUGUUCACACUCCCAUGUGAUCCACCCAUACAUUCAAUUCAGACAAUGCCUGAAGAAAAGGAGGAUAUUGCAGUUGUUUCAAGCUCAUUUGAUAUCGAGGACUUAAAGGACCUUCCUGACCCUCUCUCAAAAGUGACCGGUGGUCUGAUCGGUAGUAAAGGGUCAACCAAAAUCCCACUCCAGGGGGUUCACAUCCGGGCUAAGGUUGUAGAUAUGGUGGCAAAGGUGGUGAUUCUGCAGUCCUAUAAAAACAAUAUGACUAAACCAAUUGAAGCAAAGUAUGUGUUUCCGCUGGAUGAGACAGCAGCUGUUUGUGGGUUUGAAGCUUUUAUAAAUGGAAAGCACAUCAUAGGAGAAAUAAAGGAAAAGAAGACAGCUCACCGGGAGUACAGAGAGGCCAUUAGUAAAGGUCAUGGUGCAUAUCUAAUGGAUGAGGAGGAGCCUGACGUAUUUACUGUGAGUGUUGGAAAUCUUCCCCCUAAAUCAGAAGUCCUUAUAAAGGUCACAUACAUCACAGAACUUGGGGUGGAGGGUGAUAGUAUAGCCUUGACCAUUCCUGCAACAGUGGCACCAUGGGUCAAAGACUCAGCACUGGCUCAGCAAACCCAGGCAGAAACAUCAGUUCUACACAUCAGUGACCCAACAGGCUGUCAGAUAUCAUUACAAGUGGCCAUAGAAAUGCCUUUUGUGAUCAGGUCCCUGACAUCAAGCACCCACUGUCUGAAGUACAAAAAAACUGCGACCAAGGCUGUGGUGGAAAUACCAAGGAAAUCUGAGUUUACAGAGGGAUUUCAGCUUCUGAUCACAUUAGCAGAGAUCCAUGUUCCACGGAUGUGGGUAGAAAAUGACCCAGAAAAAGAUGUACAGGCCUGCAUGCUAGCUUUUUACCCUGAGUUUGAGGCAGCAAUAGAUCCAAGCCCAGAGGUCAUAUUUCUAGUAGAUUUGUCCAAUUCUAUGAAGGGAGACCCAUUCAGAGAUGCUAGGAAGGUUUUGUUACUGGCACUUGAAAACCUCCCAGAGUUGGCUACAUUUAACGUUGUGGUGUUUGGAUCAUCCUUUAAGGAGCUCUUCCAGUUUCCACACAAAAUUACAAAGAAUUCAACAAAUGAGGCUAUAAGAUACAUUGAGACUGCCAAUCCAGUGAUGGGUUGCAGUGAUGUGUUGUCUCCCUUGAAAUCCUUUUAUUUACUAAGUCCACCAGAGGGCAGUAGAAGCAUCUUUCUGAUUUCUGAUGGAUUUGUUGGAAACAAAGAGGGCCUAUUUGAAGCUGUGGCUACAAACAGUGCCAAAAAUAGACUGUUCUGUCUAGGAGUGGGGAGCAAUAGAGACGGUCAUAACUUGCGGAGUCUGGCAAGUCAUGGAGGAGGGACAUAUGAAUACUUCGAUAAGAAAACAAAAUUCAACUGGAAGUCGAAGAUUGCAGCACAAAUAGGGCAGGCUACACAACCAGGAAUAUCACAAGUACAGUUGGAGUGGGGUCCAUCUACUAAUAAACUGGAUCCACCCCUUCAGGCACCCUGCAAGAUCCCAAGUCUGUUCAGUGGCUCCAGACAGGUGGUGUAUGGAUUUGUCAAGAAUUGUACACAGGCAAAAUUGAUGGCAAAGGUUGAUGGAAAAGAAUUUGAUACUGUUGUUUCAACAUCAGAACUUCAUUUUACCGAAGGAAAGAUGCUGCAUCAACUGGCGACCAGGGCAGUCAUUCGAGACUAUGAAGACGGCAUUCUGAGUGACAACAAAGUAAAGCACAAGAUGAUCAAACAAGAUAGAAAGCAGCUGAUUAUUGAGCUCAGUAAAGAGUUUGGUAUUGUGACUCCCUACACUAGUUAUAUAGCCAUUGAGGAGAGGACUGAGGGGGAGACAACUGAGGGUCCUGACAUAGAGGAGCUGGUGAACAGGGAGACUGUGGAUAUCCUGCCGUAUGUGGGGUGGGUCAAUCCAGACAAUAUGGAUGACAAGGACCCAGUCAAAUGUGUAGAGGAGCUGCUACGAAAGGCUAACAUUGCAGAAAGCUUUUCUCAGUUAGAGGCCGAGAGAUGCUAUCUCUCUGUAUUGGACUACAGACAGGACUUAAUGGAGGAAGAAAACAGAGACUUGGCCGAGAAGGUUUUGGAGAAAGCAGACCAAUUUUUCUUAGGUCAGAACUCUGAACAUUCCAGAAAAGUUCAGCAACAGUUCCACAAGUUUCUUCCCAUUCCUAAACCACUCACAGUGAAAACUCUGACCGGAAGAUCAGUACCAGUAACAGCAGGAACAGUGGAAGAACUGAAAUCAGAGAUACAGAGGAAGGAAGGAAUUCCCAAGGACAGUAUACGAUUGAUUUACAAUGGCAGACAAUUACUAAACACAGAUAAUCUAGAUAUGCCAGCGGACUCCAACAUUUAUCUUGUUCUUCGUUUGAGGGGAGGGCCAUCUUCUAGCCACGAAGAAAUACAUCAUCAGUCCAGUAUACAGGCAUUGGCCCAAGAUGAGGUAGGAGAUGAUGAAUACAAUCAAUUCAUAAGCAGUCUUUAUACACCGGAGGUGCAGUGCUUAGAAAAAACAAACAUACAACCGCAACGCCAGUCCUCCAUCUGCACACACAGAAAGAUGAAAAAGAAGAAAAGUAAACGGUUACUCUCAAGGCCUGAUGAAAGAUUUGCAUUUUAUGAUCCGAAAUCCAGAUGCAUGGCUGGAAAACCAGACAAUUCGGCUAAACUGCAGGUCUCAGAUACGGAACUUGACAAUGUGAUGGAGAAUAAUGAAGAGACUCUGAGAGCGGUAUAUACUUUGAAUGGUACUGGGGAUGUAGAUAAUUUUUAUUAUGCAGCCACUGAUGUUUCAAAUGACAUACCACUUUCAGCUGAAUAUGAGACACUGGGAGUAUUAUGCCAGUAUGUUGGAGAUUUAGCUUUGCCAGGAUUUAGCACAACUUCACAAGCAUAUAAUUCAGCUUCGACAACAACAUUACCAGUAUAUAGCCCAACUUCUCCUAGUUAUAACCCAACUUCUCCAUGUUAUAACCCAACUUCUCCAUGUUAUAACCCAACUUCUCCAAGUUAUAACCCAACUGCUCCAAGUUAUAGCCCAACUUCUCCAAGUUAUAGCCCAAUUUCCCCAGCAUAUUGUCCAGUACUCUCAGAAUUUAGUCCAACCUCACUACAAUGUGGUCAAACUGCCCCAGCAUCUAGUGUAUUAAAUACAGCUGUAGUUACACAAAUUUCACAUGUAGGGAUGUCAUUUUCAAGACCAGAUAGUAUACGGUCAGGAAACAAAAUGCAGAGUACACCCAGCAUGCUAGCUGCAGAAAAAGAUUCGUGGUUUGCAGUACACAGGUUUAGAAAUAGGGAGAAACAUGUAAAUAUGCACAGAAGAUUCAGCGUUAUCCUGGAUGAUGAAUCAAAUGAUCUAAGUGAAAGUGAAAUGUUGAUGGAGGAAAAUGGUAGAAGAUCUAAAAGCAGUGACAGGGGAAGCAGUCUAGUAAGAAGACCCGAGAAAAGAUAUAAGGAUUCAGCCUCGGAAGAUACCAAUGGCAGCUCUGAAAGUAGUAGAGGGAAAACUUUGAAGAAAUUGCAGAGCAGGAGGAUAGAGGGAAAUUUGAAGAUAUAUCAAUGGAGAAGUGAAUGUAGAAGAUCAAAGGUAUCUCAAAGGAAAAGUAGAAAAGGAAACUUGGAUAGAGAUCAAAGUAGAAAAAAAAGCAAGAGCAGGAACAGAGACAGAAGAUUGAAGAGACCUCGAAGUAUAAGUAGAGAAAGAAGCUUGGGGGAUAGAGAUCAGAGAAGAAGUAGAAGAUUGUCGCGAUCUCGAAGUAGAAGUAGAGAAAGAAGCUUGGAGGAUAGAGAUCAGGGAAGAAGUAGAAGAUUGUCGCGAUCUCGAAGUAGAAGUAGAGAAAGAAGCUUGGGGGAUAGAGAUCAGAGAAGAAGUAGAAGCUUAGAUAGGUAUCAGAGCAGGAGUAGAGAAAGAAGCUUCGAUAGAUACAUCAGCAGACAUAGAGCUAAAAGAUUAGGGAGGGGAGGUAGAAGAUUGAUGAGAUCUCGAAAUAGAAGUAGAGGAAGAAGCUUGGGGGAUAGAGAUCAGAGAAGAAGUAGAAGAUUGUCGCGAUCUCGAAGUAGAAGUAGAGAAAGAAGCUUGGAGGAUAGAGAUCAGAGAAGAAGUAGAAGAUUGUCGCGAUCUCGAAGUAGAAGUAGAGAAAGAAGCUUGGGGGAUAGAGAUCAGAGCAGCAGAAGUAGAAGAUUAUCGCGAUCUCGAAGUAGAAGUAGAGAAAGAAGCUUGGAGGAUAGAGAUCAGAGAAGAAGUAGAAGAUUGUCGCGAUCUCGAAGUAGAAGUAGAGAAAGAAGCUUGGAGGAUAGAGAUCAGAGAAGAAGUAGAAGAUUGUCGCGAUCUCGAAGUAGAAGUAGAGAAAGAAGCUUGGAGGAUAGAGAUCAGGGAAGAAGUAGAAGAUUGUCGCGAUCUCGAAGUAGAAGUAGAGAAAGAAGCUUGGGGGAUAGAGAUCAGAGAAGAAGUAGAAGCUUAGAUAGGUAUCAGAGCAGGAGUAGAGAAAGAAGCUUCGAUAGAUACAUCAGCAGACAUAGAGCUAAAAGAUUAGGGAGGGGAGGUAGAAGAUUGAUGAGAUCUCGAAAUAGAAGUAGAGGAAGAAGCUUGGGGGAUAGAGAUCAGAGAAGAAGUAGAAGAUUGUCGCGAUCUCGAAGUAGAAGUAGAGAAAGAAGCUUGGAGGAUAGAGAUCAGAGAAGAAGUAGAAGAUUGUCGCGAUCUCGAAGUAGAAGUAGAGAAAGAAGCUUGGGGGAUAGAGAUCAGAGCAGCAGAAGUAGAAGAUUAUCGCGAUCUCGAAGUAGAAGUAGAGAAAGAAGCUUGGAGGAUAGAGAUCAGAGAAGAAGUAGAAGAUUGUCGCGAUCUCGAAGUAGAAGUAGAGAAAGAAGCUUGGAGGAUAGAGAUCAGAGAAGAAGUAGAAGAUUGUCGCGAUCUCGAAGUAGAAGUAGAGAAAGAAGCUUGGGGGAUAGAGAUCAGAGAAGAAGUAGAAGAUUGUCGCGAUCUCGAAGUAGAAGUAGAGAAAGAAGCUUGGAGGAUAGAGAUCAGAGAAGAAGUAGAAGAUUGUCGCGAUCUCGAAGUAGAAGUAGAGAAAGAAGCUUGGAGGAUAGAGAUCAGAGAAGAAGUAGAAGCUUGACGAGAUCUCGAAGUAGAAGUAGAGAAAGAAGCUUGGAGGAUAGAGAUCAGAGAAGAAGUAGAAGAUUGUCGCGAUCUCGAAGUAGAAGUAGAGAAAGAAGCUUGGAGGAUAGAGAUCAGAGAAGAAGUAGAAGAUUGUCGCGAUCUCGAAGUAGAAGUAGAGAAAGAAGCUUGGAGGAUAGAGAUCAGAGAAGAAGUAGAAGCUUGACGAGAUCUCGAAGUAGAAGUAGAGAAAGAAGCUUGGAGGAUAGAGAUCAGAGAAGAAGUAGAAGAUUGUCGCGAUCUCGAAGUAGAAGUAGAGAAAGAAGCUUGGAGGAUAGAGAUCAGAGAAGAAGUAGAAGAUUGUCGCGAUCUCGAAGUAGAAGUAGAGAAAGAAGCUUGGAGGAUAGAGAUCAGAGAAGAAGUAGAAGCUUGACGAGAUCUCGAAGUAGAAGUAGAGAAAGAAGCUUGGAGGAUAGAGAUCAGAGAAGAAGUAGAAGAUUGUCGCGAUCUCGAAGUAGAAGUAGAGAAAGAAGCUUGGAGGAUAGAGAUCAGAGAAGAAGUAGAAGCUUAGAUAGGUAUCAGAGCAGGAGUAGAGAAAGAAGCUUGAUGAGAUUUCGAAGUAGAGGUAGAGAGUAUAGAGAUCAGAGCAGAAGUAGAGAUAGAAGUAGAGGUAGAGAGUAUAGAGAUCAGAGCAGAAGUAGAGAUAGAAGUAGAGGUAGAGAGUAUAGAGAUCAGAGCAGAAGUAGAGAUAGAAGUAGAGGUAGAGAGUAUAGAGAUCAGAGCAGAAGUAGAGAUAGAAGUUUGGGUAGUUACAAGAGCAUGACAAGAGGUAUGACGAUAUCUCGAAGUCGAAGUAGAGAUAAGUUUCGAAGGCGAAGAGAAAGAAACUUCGAUAGGUCACAAAGCAGUGGAGAAAGAUGUAGACGUGGAAACAGUGGUGGAAAAGUAGACAACAGAGGUUCUGAUGAAUGUAAUUACAGAAAGCAAGCAUGCAACAAAGUCCAUGAGCUGGAGGAAGCUGUCAAAAGAUAUGACUUUCAGCUUACAGAACAAGAACUUUUAAAGUCUGUGUGUUAUAGUAGAAGUCAAGAUGAUGAAUAUACCAGUAUUUGCAGUGAACAGGGAGAGGAAUGCUUCUGGAGAGGCUGUAUCUGUUUUCAAAACUACACUGAUAGUUGUAGUAGAGAAGAAUGUGUUUCCAUAGAAAUUUGGACUCUUUGCAAAGUUGAAUCAUGGUUUCAAGAUAUUGUAUUGCGUGAAAGGUUGUAUAUGGAAUUUGUGCCAGAGUACAUUAUGAAUAUGCCAAGCCUUCGGUCGUUUCUAUGUGUGGAAGCUUCCAUGUACCCUCCACACCAGAGAGCCGAGUCGUUACUGAGUGGACACCUAACCUCUGGACUGGUAGGUUGCAUUCAGACAAGGUGGACAUCAGGUAGAUUUGCACUUUUGCUUGUAUCCAAGGACAACCAACAUAAACCCAUAAGGCUUGUGGUUCCAGGACUCGGAGAGGAAAUGGCAGAUCAGCUUCAAUCAUUUAUCAAUCAACAUAAAAGACAGGUAUCUGAUUACAGUGUAAGGCUGGAAGAGAAUUCUGCUACAGAUGCACCAUACAUUGAUAUGUGGAGAACCAUAAAGGAUACGGAACAGAAUAUAACGAGGGACAAGUUACCACCCCUUAAUGAGCGUGGCCUGUGGAAUCUGGAUGAGAGUGUAAUGAAGGCACUUGGAAUUCAUCAUAGUAAACUACAACAGCUACUGAAAAAUCAGGGUUUACUAUCGUUACCAAAAACCAUUCAAGAUAAAGCUUGUAUGCUAUUUUCUACGCUCCUGGUUGGCAUAUUCUGGUUUAUGCAGGAAUUUAAAAAAAGAAGACUACCUAAAUGGCUGUGUAAUUGUGAGAAUAUCGUAGAUAUAUCCCUGGACACCUCAUCCGUGACUGUUAAGCUCCGGUGUAUGGAGGAACUUGUCAGCAUUCAGUUUGAUUUCCCUCCAGAAACAUUCAUUCGGCUGGAGAGUGUCAAAUCCAAGUGGACCUGUUACAUCAGAGAGCUGGAACUCGGGAAAAAUCUCCCUCAUCUGGUGGACUGUCUCCUCCAAGCCUUGUACAAUUAUGACUAAUUCUUGUAUAGCACUCACAUGUACCAGAAUGCAGUAGUACUAUAUGUGAACUUUUUUUAUCAUAUUUAAAAUUUUGCAGUUGGAGCUGAUGCACUAUUUGGCGUAAUAAUGAUUUAGCUCUCCUUCUAUGUAUCAUGAUAGAUAAGUAGAGAAUUUUAUAUUUUAGUGCAAUUUUAAAUUAGUGCUCUUGCUACUCCGCCAAAAUUUUAAUCUUGUUAAAAGAGGUACAUGUUCUGAUGAUAAUCAGCAUAUAUACAUUUGUAUUUAAUAAUCAUGUGGAUGUACUAGUUUUGAAAAUUCUGUGAUACUUAAACUAACAAGGCUUUUACUUCUGCAAAUAUACUACACAAGUACACUAGCUGUACAUUAAUGUUCGUAAUAGGGAUGUCAACAAAUAUUUGACUAUUUGAAUAUUCUUUGAUACCAUUGAUGUUAAAAAUUGACUUGAUCUUUUUUUUAUUCGAAUAGUCAGUAAAAAUUGCGCAUUGUGAUAAUUUACCAAUUAUUAUUUUAAACAGACAUAAUUUUGCAUUUAAUUUGAAAUAAAUAGAGUGACAUGCC